CGCAAAUGCGGGCUACGUAGCGGUCGGGGAAGUAGCCCCAGCGGCGCCUGGCCUCGGCUGCCGGGCGAAGGUGGCAGUAAUCCUGGGCCCAGGGCAAGGCAACACGGGCCUUCAGCUAACACAGCUGUCAAAGGCUUGACUGAGGUGAAGGGUGGAAAACCGUGGACUCGAGAUGAAUGGUUUCAGGUGGUGCAGAAGAGCGUGGUACUGCCCUUGAUGGAAGUGCAGUUAACACUUGCCAGCCCCUAAAGGAGCCCCCGAGCCAAUCCAUUGCUUCUGGCCCUCAAUCCUUCCUGAAGGAAGAUGCUACCAAGUACUUCAGUGGGUUCUUCAAUGCAAGGGAACGGAGUCUUGAAUUCCAGGGAUGCAGCGAGACACACAGCUGGAGCAAAACGCUACAAGUACCUCCGAAGGCUUUUUCGAUUUCGGCAGAUGGACUUUGAGUUUGCCGCAUGGCAGAUGCUCUACCUAUUCACUUCCCCACAGAGGGUUUAUAGAAACUUCCAUUAUCGGAAGCAAACAAAGGAUCAAUGGGCCAGAGAUGACCCUGCUUUCUUGGUCCUCUUAAGUGUCUGGCUCUGUGUGUCCACCAUAGGAUUUGGUUUUGUGCUUGACAUGGGAUUUUUUGAGACAAUAAAGCUGCUCCUGUGGGUUGUAUUCAUAGAUUGUGUAGGUGUUGGCCUUCUGAUAUCAACUUUAAUGUGGUUCAUCUCCAACAAGUAUCUAGUGAAACGCCAGAGCAGAGACUAUGAUGUGGAGUGGGGGUACGCCUUUGAUGUACAUCUGAAUGCAUUUUAUCCACUCCUAGUCAUUUUGCAUUGUAUCCAGCUCUUUUUCAUCAACCAUGUUAUCCUCACAGAUACAUUUAUUGGAUAUUUAGUUGGAAAUACCUUAUGGUUGAUUGCUGUUGGCUAUUACAUCUAUGUAACCUUCCUGGGAUACAGUGCACUGCCAUUUUUGAAAAACACAGUAAUCCUGCUCUACCCAUUCGCACCUCUGGUUGUGCUGUAUGGACUGUCGCUGGCCCUGGGCUGGAACUUUACCCACAUGCUGUGUUCCUUCUACAAGUACAGAGUGAAAUGAAAAAUGACCACAGCAGUGGAGCUCAACUGUCAGGUGUUGGGGAAGGGACAAGUUCUUGUAAAGUCUGUAAAUUAUCUUUGUAGAUACCAAGUUUACAAAUCUGAGGUGAUACUAACACUAUUGUCUAGACCAUUCCUUAAAACUAACUAAAUGUACAUUUCUAAUAAAUAUUUUUAAACUAAA